AUGUCUGAACUUAAAGAAGACUAUGUCGACGUGCUUAUCGUGGGGGCUGGACCCGCAGGCCUGAUGCUAGCAAACUGGCUGAGUCGAUUCGACAUCAAGACCAGAAUUGUUGACAAGCGCGGCACCAAGAUCUUCAAUGGCCAGGCAGAUGGCCUACAAUGCCGCACCCUAGAAAUUUUCGACUCAUUUGAUUUUGCCCACCGCGUUUGGCGAGAAUCAAACCACAUGCUGGAGAUUUGGUUCUGGAACCCCGACAAAGAUGGUAUUUUGCGGCGGUCGGAUCGAAUUGCGGAUACCAUCCCCGGUAUCAGUCGCUUUCAGCAGGUGGUACUGCAUCAGGGUCGCAUUGAGCGGUUUUUCCUCGAUUCGAUUAAAGAGCAUAGCGAUAUCACAGUCGAGCGUGGAGUGCUGCCUACUACGUUCGAGUUCGAUGAGGCUAAAGCUGCGGAUUUUGAGGAUUAUCCGAUCACAGUCACAUUGCGCACUUUGUCGGAGGAAGAGGCUACGCCUGCUCAGCGGCAACAGCACCACAGGAGAGCGGACGGCACACAGUCAGUCAUCAAUGAUGGGCUUUUUCGAAGUAACCUAGCUGCUGACGACACGGAUGACCUUAUCCGUGUAGCAAAGGCCAAUAACAAUGCCAGCUCAGUCGAGACAGUGAAAGCGAAAUUCAUGGUGGGUUGCGAUGGUGCACAUUCCUGGGUGAGGCGUCAACUUGGCUUCAAGCUAGAGGGUGACUCCACGGACUAUAUCUGGGGCGUACUCGACAUUGUACCCAUCACCGAUUUUCCAGAUAUCCGCCAUCGAUGUGCUAUUCACUCAGCCAAUGCGGGUAGCGUCAUGGUUAUCCCAAGAGAAAACAAGCUUGUUCGAUUGUACAUCCAAUUACAGGUGACCGAGCAUGCGCAGAGUGGAGGUAAGGCUGACCGUUCGUGGAUUACUCCGGAGGUUAUUCUGCAGUCUGCACAGAGGAUUAUGCAUCCGUAUAAGAUAAAUUAUACGUACUGCGACUGGUGGACGGCGUACCAGAUCGGGCAGCGUGUGGGUGACCAUUUUUCUCUACGAGAGCGUGUCUUUCUAGCUGGUGAUGCUGUGCACACGCAUUCGCCCAAGGCAGGGCAGGGUAUGAAUGUGAGCAUGCAGGACACAUAUAAUUUGGGAAGGAAGAUCGCACAUGUAGUCAAGGGGUACAGUGAGGGAUCGAUUCUAAAGACAUAUCAGUCAGAGAGAAGACGGGUUGCACAAGAUCUAAUUGAUUUUGAUCACCGGCUGUCGAGACUAUUUUCAGGCCGUCCAGCAAAGGACGGUGCCAACGAAGGUGUCAGUAUGGAAGAGUUCAAGAACGCGAUGGAGAAGGGGAAUGAAUUUGCCAGUGGAAUUGUGGUCAAUUAUGGUAGUAGCAUCAUCGUGGCAAAAGAGGGCGACUCUGUUGAGCAGGGAGAUGGUACUGAAGUUGCUGCCAAUCUACAACGUAGAGUAGUCAGCAAGACUCAUCUGGCCACAAAGAUUGACAUUGGCAAGCGGAUGCCGAGUUUCAAGGUGCUUAAUCAAUCUGAUGCCCGUCCAUGGCAUCUACAGGAACUCUUGAAAAGCAACGGGCGAUGGCGGAUUAUCGUGUUCCCUGGUCAGCUUACCCAGCCCCAAAAUAUGCAGCGGAUACAAAAGCUUGGUGAUCAGCUAGGCAGUCAGGACUCAUUUAUUCGCCAAUACACUCCGUCUGAUCAGCUGAUUGACAGCCUUAUUGAAGUUCUCACAGUCCAUGCCGGACCACGGACUGGAGUGGAGCUUCUUGAUCUGCCCGAGGCUUUCCAUCCAUUUGAUGAGGAGAUGGGCUGGGACUAUUGGAAGGUCUUUGUUGAUGAUCAAUCUUACCAUGAGGGACAUGGACAAGCGUAUUUCAAUUAUGGCAUUGACCCUAUCCAUGGCGCUGCUGUUAUUGUCCGACCGGAUCAAUAUGUAAGCUGGGUUGGUGAAGUGGAUGAUUAUGAGGAUAUGGCGAGGUUUUUCUCCGGGUUCAUGAGGGUGCAAGAUUCCUCGAAACCCAAGUCUAGAGUGGUCAAGCUAUGGUCGGUAUUAUUGAAGCCGGCAUUGAUAACCUCCAGGCGACAGUUGUCCGGUGUUGGGGCGACCCCCACGCCGCCAGUCCAACACGACCGACUAUGA